UCCACACUCACUCCAAAUCUCAUACACAUGCCAUGCAUGAUCUGGCUUUCUCUCUCCCUUCUAAAAAAUAGUUUCGUAGAGCCAAAAGGUUGUCUGGGUUCCUGCAGGAACUAGUUCUGGGCUGCGAAGCCCUGCCGGAUAGCUGACACCGUAUGUGUGCAACCCCAUAGAGAGGUCGUAGGUUCAAUCUUUUGACCAAGGGACUGUUCGAGGGUCCUCCCAAAGGGCUGUCCGAGUGGCCGUACGAGUUUCUGAGAGUGCCUCCCGAAGAGCUGUCCAUGACACCGUCCAAGGGACUUUCCGACCGCCUUCCGAAGGGUUGUCCGAGGUAUAGAUGAGGAAGAACAUCCUCGCGGUUGGGAGGUUGUAAAUCCUAGCUGCGGGAUCUGCAUCGACGAUCUACACCGACUAUACUUCCGCUGCGCUACGAGUUGGUAAUAAUCAGAUCUAAACCUUGUAUGCAUGAUUUUGGGCAUGUUCGUAGUGCGGAAAAUUUCCAUUUUCUGUCGCAUUCCCCUACAACGUUUUUUUGAACAGAGUACGGGUCACUCGGAAAGUCAUCAAGGAAGAGCGACCUGUUAAGCUACGGAAUUAUGCACCUUGAAGCCUUCACUGGAAGGAGACCCACAUACCCUAUAUUUGGCGCACAACUAACACUUAGGCGGUGGGUUUAUUCAUCGGGCAUUUCCUGCAGAACUUGUCCAAGUUGUCGAGGAAAAGAGGAAACAUUACAAAAAAAUUCUGAACAUAACCUUAACUUAUUUUAAUUGGUAGUUAUUGUAAUUAGAAGCAUUUCCCUGCAAAAAUAAAAUAAAAGCAUCAAAUAUGGCCUAAAUAUAUCUGAAUCAUAUUGUGAAUUUAGAUGGGAAAUGUAACAGAAUGGAGUCUAAGUAUUUUGGUAGAUUAUUUUGGACUAUGAAAAAUGACUAUAACAGAAAUAUCGUGACUUUGGACCAGCCGGGCAAGCAAACAGGCAAUUGUGCCAAAAAGGCAAGCAAAAAGACUGAGAGAAGUGAGAAGGCCCUUUCUACACAACAAAAAGACAAGUGUCAAAAAGUGAUGGAGGAGGUCGUAGUUUUGAUUGUUGGCGCAGGGCCUGCGGGACUCGCAACUGCAGCAUGCGUUAGCCAAUUCUCCAUCCCAUAUGUCAUCGUUGAGCGUGAGAAUUGCAGCGCAUCACUAUGGCGCAACCGCACGUAUGACCGUCUGAAGCUACAUCUAGCGAGGGAAUUUUGUGAGUUGCCACACAUGCCAUACCCUGCAGAUACCCCAACAUACAUACCAAAGAACACUUUCAUCAAGUACGUGGAUGACUACAUUGAGUGUUUCGCUAUCCAUCCGAGGUAUCUCACUGUUGUUGAGUCAUCCACAUAUGACUUCAAUGGAAAAUAUUGGUCCAUCAUGGCGCACGACAUGGCAAAGUGCAAAAUAGUUAAUUACAGGGCAAAGUUUCUUGUUGUGGCAAGUGGUGAGAAUAGUGUUGAGAAUAUUCCAGUGAUCCCUGGCCUGGAAAACUUUCCGGGUGUGGCCAUCCAUUCAUCAUGUUAUAAGUCAGGCAUCGACUACUCCGGGAGGAACGUGUUGGUCAUCGGAUCUGGUAACUCUGGGAUGGAGAUCGCCUACGACCUUGCUUCUCAUGGUGCCAAUACUUCUAUAAUUAUACGAAGUCCGAUUCAUGUAAUGACAAAGGAAUUAAUCCGACUAGGGAUGACACUAGUCCAUUAUCUUCCUCUAAAGAUGAUAGAUGGUCUCCUUUUGAUGAUGGCAAAUGCCGUAUUCGGGGACCUCUCCAGGCAUGGCAUCACAAGACCAGAAAAGGGUCCAUUUGUGCUGAAGUCGGAAACUGGUCGAUCCGCAGUGAUUGAUGUUGGCACCAUAGGGUUAAUCAAGAAAGACAAAAUUAAAGUUCAUGGAAGGAUUACUAAGAUCAAAGGAAAAACAAUUGAAUUUGAAGGUGGGAAGGAAGCCUCCUUUGAUGCCAUUGUGUUUGCAACCGGAUACAAAAGCACAACAAAUUCGUGGCUCAAGAAUGAUGAGGACAUGCUUAAUAGCGACGGCGUGCCCAAGAAGGAAUUCCCUAAUCAUUGGAAAGGGGCAAAUGGGCUCUACUCUGCCGGGUUAGGGAGAAGGGGAUUGGCCGGUAUUGCCAUGGAUGCUAAGAACAUCGCCAAUGACAUUAAACGCAGCAUAGACUCUAUGUGCAGCUAAAAUAGCAUUUAUAUUUCUUCUACUAGGAGAAAAGUGUUGGAUUCCUACAAUUUAUCCAUAAUAGAUUCAAUCAGAUGCUGCGAAAUUUAGUUGAUGUCAGGGUACUAUUUAGAAACGGAGGGAGUAGAAUAUUAUUCCUAGUGUUGUACCAUUAGAAUCUACACUAGGUUGUGUCCAAGUUUUAAAUUUGACUGUUUUCUGCCGGUUUUUGGUUUAGUUAUCCUUUAUUAUAAAUAAUCUAAUGAAACUGGUCCAAAA